AUUCCUGGAGUUGUGGGCUGAUAGUUGUGCCUCAAGUAGGGAGACAGCUCUGGAGGCGUGUGGGAUUAUCGGGGUGAGAGGAGCAAUAAAUAUAGACAUGGCAACCAGCUCUUCUUCUAUGAAGAUUGGUAUCGUAGGAUUUGGACAUCUAGGGCAGUACCUGGUGGAGAGAAUUCUUAAAGAUGGAGCUGCUCUUGGUUUGACUCUGGCUUUUGUUUGGAACAGAAAUUGUGACAAGCUCAAAGGUUUAGUUCCUGAUGAACUCAUACUCAGUGAUCUGUCAACUUUUGCAAACAGGCAAUGUGAUGUGAUUGUAGAAGUGUGCCAUCCUCAGAUAGUGAAAGAAUUUGGGCUCCACUUCCUGUCUCAGUCCCAUUUCAUGGUGGGAUCCCCCUCUGCCCUUUCUGACCCUGACCUGAAUGAGAGGCUGCGUCAGGCAGCUCAGCAGCAUGGUCGGACACUCUAUGUCCCCAGUGGAGCAUUAUGGGGAGGCCAGGACAUUCAGAGGCUGAAUGAUAGUGGAGCCUUAAAGGCCUUGUUUAUAAGAAUGUCCAAACAUCCAUCCUGCUUCAGGCUGACUGGAGACGUCCUCUCUGACUGGACAGAGGGAGAGGGCAGGAGAGUUUUAUUCAGGGGCUCAGUGGCAGAGUUGUGCCCACUUGCUCCUAACAAUGUUAACACCAUGGCAGCAGCAGCUGUGGCAGCAGGAACACUCGGCUUUAGUGGUGUUCAGGGAGAGAUUGUGUCUGACACAGCGUUAAGUGACUAUCAUGUGGUGGAGGUGGAGGUGACUGGGCCUGAUGGCUUCUCAGUGCACACAGUGAGGAGGAAUCCAGCCAGACUCGGGGCUGUAACUGGCAGUGCAACAUACAACUCCUUCUGGAAUAGUUUACUCAUUUGCAAAGGUCACGGGGGCAGGGUUUAUUUAUGCUGAAGCAGGUGAGGACUCCAGAGGAUUACCCACAACACAGGAAGAUGAUCCACAGCAAAAUUCCACAUAGAUUAGAUGGUUUAUGGGGGAUAAGUUGUGU